AUGUCAUUGGUGCAGAAACCGAAUCCUUUGCAAUCUUCAACUCAUUGCAUCAAUUUGUCUCAUCUCCAACUUGUAUCGCAGAUCAACACACACAUACGCCAAACGCUCUUGAUCUCUUUCCUCACUGCUAAACCUAAUCUCUACCGAACUGCAACUGUCUCGGCACCUACUGCGUCGUCUGACCAUUGCUUCAUUAUCGUUAGUUUGUCUUUUUCAUCUACUUCUCGAUAUCUUGUGGCCAUAUGUGACGACCCAUCACGAACCUUACUUUACUGGUCAUGGAAAAGAUCGAAACUACUUCUCUCGACCAAAGUGACAGUUUCUGUUGCACCGGAGAUUCUUCAUUGCGUUAGUUUCAACCCUCAAACACAUCUCAACGUGUAUGUAUUUGGCAACAAGUUUCUUAAAUUGUUCCGCUUCGAAGGAAGCAAAAACAAACAGUUCAAUUUUCCUAAGAUCGUACCUCAAGAUUUCAAAUGCUAUUGCUGGGAUGCGAAACAACGUCUUUUGGUGGGUACAGGCAGUGGCCGAGUGUUGUUUAUCGAAGAUACGGAUUUAAGACUUGAUUUUAAUGUAUUCCAAUAUUCGAAUAUUUCCGACGAAUCCAUCAAGUCGUGCGGAGUAACGGCUGUUACCAGUUAUUCUAAAGGAUUUAUUACAGCGUGUGGUAAGAAAUGUGUACAGUUUUUUGAAAGAGAUGAAGUCUGGCAUACUUACAAGUCUGUUAGGAAUGUUUGGCUUCCGUUAGAUGUUUUGGAAAACAGUGACCUGUGUAACCAAAUUAUAAAAUGGAUGGUGGUGGAUCCAUCGGAGGAGGUUCUCGUUAUUAGCACCAAUAUGAAACAAAUGUAUUCUACACAAAUUAAUCCAUCGGAAACAAAACAGAGUGAAUCAAACGUGUUUGAUGUUUUAGUACAGCCUUUCCAUUAUAAACAUAUCACUGGAUGUUGUGUCUCUUUGUGGAAACCUUUCAUUGCAACAAGCUCCCUCGAUGGUUCCAUAAAAUUGUGGAACCACGAAACGUUUAGCUUAGAAUUUUCUAAAAACUUUUCAGAAGAAGUCUAUAGUAUAUCUAUGCACCCAAUGGGACUAUUUCUUCUGGCAGGUUUCUUCGACAGAUUAAGUUUCAUGUAUAUUCUUAGGGACGACUUCAAACCGUUUAAAGAUAUCAACAUCCGCAGGUGUACACAUUGCAAUUUCAGUCGAGGUGGUCACAUGUUCGCGGCGGUCAACAACAACUUUAUACAGGUAUACUCGUCGAUAACUUUCGAAAUGCUCGCCAACCUGAAAGGUCACAACGGUAAAGUUCAAGCUACCUCCUGGUGUAUGGAUGACAAUAAUCUAAUCUCAUGCGGUUUGGAUGGGGCAAUUUAUGAAUGGGACAUAAAAACCGAGAAGCGAAUCGGUGAGUGUGUCUUGAAAUCCUGCGCCUGUAACGAUGUUGCAGUUAACACUGAUAACAAGAAACUAUAUGUGGUAAGCUCGGAUCAUUCUUUGAACGAAAUCCACAAAUCGAAUAUAUUGCGAACGUUUCCACCGAGUGAGUUUCUUUACACAUCAGUUGCUCUGUCUUGGUCCAAUACAAUGUUAUUUGUAGGAACUAAUGAUGGUUAUAUAAGAAGCAUGGCGUGCCCUCCAAUACGAGGUGAAAACUGGCGUAAUUAUCCUUGUCAUAGUCUCGAAACUACACACAUGAUUUUUACGACUGAUGAUCGAUACUUAAUUUCAACAUCAAGAGAUUUUUCGAUUGCAAUAUGGAAGGUUGAUGAUACUGAGAAUCAGAGUACAGAAUUUGGCCACAGUACCAUUUGGUCUGAAGACAUUUUAAUGCCGGUGAAUGAGUUAGAAGAAAAAAUGUGUUCAAUUUCGAAGCUGAAAUCCCGUGUGGAAGAACUUUCCAAGAAAAACGAGUAUAAACUGCACCUCAGAGACAAGUACUUCAACGACAAGGUAAAAGAGGUAUCCGAAAAUUAUAAUCAAGUAAUUGAAAAUUUGAAAAACAAAAAUAAAAUUUUAGAGGGUGAAAAAGUCAGAGAAAAAUCUAGUUAUGAUGAAAAAAUGACAGAAACUAUUAACGAUCACUGUACAAAAAUAAAAUCCCUCGAGUGUACUACUAAUAAAAAGUUAAUGAUAGAAUGUGAAAAGAUCAAAUAUCUUGAAGAGAAAUUAAUCCAACUAGAAAAUGAACAUGAACAAGAGAUAGAGAAAUUGGAUUUAAUGCAAGAGAGUUUAGAAACACAAUUGGCAGAUAAGUAUGAAAAGAAAACCGAAUAUUUGGAGAAGAAAAUUUAUGAGUGUGAUGAAAAGUUAUUGACGUUGCGGAAAGAAUGCGAAAAAUCAGAGAAAUUGAGUGAAGAGGAUGCCGAAAUGGAAUCCCUCUCCACAAAAGUCAAAUAUGAAAAGCUUUUGUAUGUCGAGAGAUCUACCUAUUCUAAAAGAAAAUUCGAACGUAACGUUUUGCGGAAGAAACUCUUUGCUUUCCCCAACCAAUUAAAAGAAAACGAAGAUGAAUGCUGGAAGUUAAAGAUGGAAUUAGAAAGACUAAAGAUUGUUAAAAAUAAUCUAGAGGAAAACAUAGAAAUCUUAAGAGAAGAAGUGAAGCUCCAAUGUCAAGGAUUAACUAAGGAAGACAAACGUUUCUGUGAACUGAAGCUGAUGAAUCAAAGUGUCACGAAACUGAAAUGUAAAUUGGAAUGGGAAAAGAUUAUCGAACUCAGACAGCUUGUGGAUGAGAGGGAGACGGAAAUCAAUAAAACGAAGAAACAAAUGGCUGGUAUGCGAAACCAGUUGGAAAACUUCACCACGCAGUUUUUCGUAAUGGACUAUAAUACAGCAGAAAUGAAAAUGAAAUUAGGAGCCACCUUUAAAGAGCUGGAUGAUGUACGUAGAAAGCUAAAGCAAAAGACAGAUUUGUGGGACAGGUUCUGCUCCGAUUUAAACAACCUCAUGUCUUUUAAAAUACAAGAUCCACACCAAUUGAAGAACUGCAUAAAAACUCUUUAUGAAAAAUAUGUUGUUAAGAAUGUCGAUAAGAUCGCCAGUUCAGACCCCAAUUUACAGAUCGAAUGGGGUCGGCAGCGGAACCAUUUCGAAUAUGCCAUACUCAAACUGAAAUAUACGUUGAACUCCACCACCAAACGCAUCAAUCAGAAAAAUCAACACCUGAACAGCAAACGUAAUAACUUAGCAGCAGAGUUGCAGUUGAGGAGACAAGAGAACAGCCGUCGUCUGCUUUCGAAAAUGGAGAGAGAGAAAUGA